AUGUCAAAUACUCGUGAUGAGUUGGAUGCUGCAGCUUCGUUAGGAGAAAUAGAAACUAUCUACAGAGUUAUUGAGCAGAAUCCACGCAUUUUGGAGGAGAUUGAUGCUGUACCAUUUGUCAACACUCCUUUGCACAGUGCUGCACGUGCAGGACAUCUGGAGUUUUCCAUAGAGAUUAUGAGAUUGAAGCCUUCGUUUGGUUCUAAGCUAAACCAGCAAGGUUCUAGUCCAAUCCACGUUGCAUUACAAAACAAUCACCACAAUCUGGUGCGUCGCCUUGUAGAAAUUGACAAAGAUCUCGUUCGAGUCAAAGGAAAAAAAGGCGUCACUCCUUUGCAUUUUGUAUGUGAAUCUGUCUCUGUCUCAGUACCUGAAAACAAACGGUACCUUAAAGAUGUGAAUGUGAGAAAUGAGACUGCACUCCAUAUUUCGCUCAUAAAUGGAAACUUGAGAGCCUUUCGAAUAUUGGUGGGUUGGCUCAGGAGCAUUGUCCGUGAGGAUGCUUAUUCUUUAGAGCGCUCUAUUUUGAACUGGAAGGAUUCAGCUAACAACACUAUUUUGCACAUUGCAACACUCAAUAAUAACAAACAGGCUGUUGAUUUAUUGAUAAAAAGAGUGAACAUAAAUGCCAAGAAUUUAGAGAAUGAAACAGCAUUAGACUUAGCUGAAGCUCAUGCUUUGCCAACCAUUAAACAAACAUUAUUGAAAGCUAGAGCAAAACGUGGUGCAUCGAUUGAUGAUGAUUCCAACCGUGAAGACAAACUAAAAUUUAAGUCACCUUUGUCACUUUUUUUCAUAAUACUGUGUCGUGAUAGAAUGCAAAUAAGUGAACAUCAACGCAACGCUGGCAUGGUAGUUGCUACUCUGAUCGUGACCGCAAUUUAUCGAACAGUUCUGAGUCCCCCAGGUGGACUAACUCAGGGUGGUAGCGACAAUGGUCCAAAUAGUAAUAAUCUUAUAAACGCUACUUCAUCUUUCAAUUCUACUACUGCAGUAGGGAAAUCUGUCGUGUCAGCCACUACUUUCGAUACUAUAACAUCCUUGAACUGUGCCACCCUUGGGUUAGGGAUUGGCAUGAUUCUUUCUAUGAUGCCAACUAUAGGAUUAUCCUUUGUUGCAUUCAUCCCACUUUUGAUGUUUGGUUUAACUUAUGUAGUAUCUGUGACACUCCUAUCUCCGUCACAGAGUACAAUAGCAUAGUGCAUAGAUUUGGUUUUGAUUGGAUGGAUUGAAGUCUAUGUAAUUAAGGCGCUUGCUGUGGCGUUCUUCUUGUACUCUCUUCCUUUUGGUUUUCUAUGUGUAUGCGUGUGACCUCCUGUCUGUUUUGGGCAUUCAUAUGAUAUGCCUA